AUGGAUUGGUCUGAUUACUUCAACACGUACAUGAAGAUGCCUGGCAUAAUAAGGCAGGCCGCAUUAAUAUAUGAAUCAUCAGUUAUUGCAAAUGAAUCAACGGAUACCUUCCUUGACAAGCGCGCAAUAAGGCGGCUCUGGCAGAAGAAAAAGCCAAAGGAUUCUGUAAUAAUUGGAGGGGCAAAGUAUCUUUACAUCAGAGACAUUGUAGAUGAGCAGGAUGGAUACUCGAUCAGUCUGUACCAAAAGGUAAAAGAUGACUCGGAUGACCCAGAAGAGGCCAAUGUAAUGUUUGUUAGUUGUAUGGAUAAUCUUCUGUGGGUAGGUACAUUCAAUAACAACCAGAAAACACAGGUUAUUUCCUUUAUGGAGCCAAUUUCAUCGCAUAUAUUCGCACACAUUGUGCAGAAUGAAGAGUAGUAUGCCGAAAAUACUGUAGGCAUACAUUGCAUAAGAGCGGCAUGCCUUGAAAUACUUCAAAGGAAAGAGAAAAACAAACACAUCCUCUAAUAAUAACAAUACUCCUUUCAUAAUUACAUAGGAAUAUAAAAUAUCUGAGUAAGUGUGCUAAAAGUGAAAUAACUCGAAAUUCUGUGUAAAUAUGCAGUAGGGCAGAAUCACAGCGUAUAGUAAGAAAAAUCAAUAAUAUACUAAAUAUUUAUGAUUGAUAUACAGUUUUUAUUGUAUUACUUACUAUACACACUAUGGCUCAUUAUUACAUGAGCAAGUAAAUCUUAUGCUACAAAGAAAUAAAAG